UUUCGCGGACGCCUGAUCUCAGUUGCAUGAGCAUUGUGGAGCUCUCAACUACGCGGAACAACUUUGUUGUGUAAACCAAAAAAGAAUCUAUAGAAAAUACCUCAAGAAUUUGAAACGAAUUUGUUAAAUUAACUCGCAAGUAGUUGUGAAUGGACUAAUACAAAAGACUAAAUGCAAAGUGUAAUUAAAAGUGCCAAUUAACCAAUUCAAAGUGAAUUCUACAGUGGGCGUUACGAAAUUAUGUACAUUUAUUUGCAAUUGCAUUGCAGACCAACAAUUACCUAUAAAUAGCCCAAAAGAACCAAUAAAUAUACGAAAACACAAAUACCGGCGCCAGACAGUACAUAUCUGUACAUAUUUAGAGAAUAGAUCUAGUAGAAUAGAUACUAUUAGAACCAGCAAGUACACGUAAAAAAGGCACACAAGUAUUUUAAAUAUUAGAAAAGCAUUAUGGAUAAUUGGAACGUUUUGGCAGCACAAACCUCAUCCCAGGCCAUUGGACGAGAUGAUGUGGUGGUGAAGACCCGUCUGACUAUCGAGAAGCUGCCCGACAAGGUGCUCUUGCACAUAUUUUCAUAUCUAUCCCAUCGAGAGAUUUGUCGACUCGCACGCAUCUGUCGUCGCUGGCGUCAAAUCGCCUAUGAUACGCGUCUAUGGAAGAAUGUAUCUCUAAGGCCGGAGGUUUCUGGGCUGCAUGUUGGUUCACUGGAGAUGCUGCUAUCGCUGAUAUCGGUGAGAUUUGGGCCAACGCUGCGUUACAUUGAGUUGCCCAUUGAGCUGAUCACGCACACUGUGCUCCACGAGCUCUCGGCCAAGUGUCCAAAUCUGACCCACAUGCUCUUGGAUUUCUCAACGGCUAUGCAGUUGCAUGACUUCAGUGAGAUGCAGGCCUUUCCCACCAAGCUGCGCUACAUGUGCAUCUGUCUGUCCGAGGUGAUCUUUAUGGAGGGCUUCAUGCGUAAAAUCUACAACUUUAUCAACGGCCUGGAGGUGCUGCACUUGGUUGGCACCUAUGAGAAGUGCGAGGAGGAGGAGGAGGAAAUCUACGAGGUCAUCAAUGUGCACAAGCUUAAAUCGGCUACGCCCAAUUUGCGGGUAAUCAAUUUGUAUGGCAUCAACUUCAUCGACGACUCGCACAUUGAUGCCUUCAGCUCCAAUUGCAUCCAGCUGGAAUGCCUGGCUGUUAAUUUCUGCAAUAAGGUCACUGGAUCCACCCUAAAGACGUUGGUGCAGCGCUCCAAGCGUUUGACAUGCCUUCUGAUGAAUGGCACCAGUCUGAAGUCCGAGUUCGUCAUGCAGGUGGAGUGGGAUAAGUGUGCUCUUCAGGAACUGGACAUAACGGCCACCGACUUGAGCAGCGAGUGCCUCGUUGACAUGUUGACCCGCAUCCCCAACCUCAAGUUUUUGUCGGCCGGUCAGAUCAAUGGAUUUAACGAUACCGUCUUGAAGCAAUGGAUGGAGUUGGGCAACACCAGAUCCCUCAUCUCAUUGGACCUGGACUCUUCGGAUAACAUUACAGACGAAGGCAUGUUGAAGUUCGUGCAGCGUCAUGGUCAUCAGUUGAGCGCCUGUUGUCUGUCCGGUAUGCCUCAUAUCACAGAUCAGCUGUGGAUGAGCAUUCUGCCCCUGCUGGGUAACUGCAAGAUCAUCGUCAUGGGCACCGCAGAGAAGCUGGGUGUGAACAUACAUGUGGAUCAGCUGAUGGACACCAUCGCCUCCAGCUGUGGCAAUCUGGAGCGUCUGGAGCUGCGCUGGGAUCCGGAUAACUUGCGUUUCUCCGACAAGAGUCAGAAGGCAAUCGACAUAUUGCGCGUCAAGUGUCUCAAGCUACGUUGCAUGGUCCUGAGCGAUGGUCGUUAUUAUGAGACCGUGAAGGCCAACUUUGAGCGUGCCGAUCGCAUCACGGUGGUGCGCACCACCACCUGCUGCCGUGUCUCGCCGUAUCAUCUGUUGCGCAACUACAACGAUUUAAUUUUCAACUAAAAGAUUUGUACAAUUAUUGUUCUAUGUUGUUUACUGUUGUUGUAUCCCAGUUUUGCACAAUAUGAGUAAAUCAAAAGACAAAUUGAACAAUUUCCGAAAUCCAUUUGGAAUGAAAAUUACAACAAUUCGGUUCAGUUUAAGGCAAUUUGUAUUUUGGUUAACAUGUUGCAAUACAAAAUACUUGACAUUAAAUUACAAUAUGCAUAUGUUCUAUAUACAAGUUUUAUACAUUAGCUGCCUUAUCAAUUGGAUCUAUUAACCACCAUUGUUUCACGGUGGUAUUUUCCUUUCACAAAGAAUCCAAAAUCCUAGACUGUUCAGAUGAUCCAAUGGGGAACUUAAUUUUAACCGAGAGAGGAUCAAACAAGUUCCAUGAAUAUUGUUAUCUAGUCAAAAUACGUCGCAAUUAAUUCUUGCUUACAUAUUGUAUUGUAUUAUUCUGUAUUUUUUCGCCAUUCUUUCGUUUAAUUAAAUUAAAUAAGUAAUAAGAAAACAAAAUUUGCUAAUUUUAAUUUCUUGUACAUUACAAAUUAUAUCGCGAUUUGUUAACUAGUUUUUUACUUGGUACUUGAUUAAAUCAUUUUCAGACUUCACCGCA